UGUGUGCCAUGUGGUGACAAUCAGAGACGGAGGUGACACAAGAGUUUGUGCACAGCUUAUUCUUUCCUCUUUUGGCUUUUUUAAUUUACUUCCCACUUUGUGAGCUGACAGCAUGCUGCUCACUCUGUUUUUGGCCUUCCUGGUGUCUUCUGUUUUUGCCACAGAAAAAGACACUGAUCUUCUCAGGCUUAAUGACAAAAAUGCCGUUGAGGCCUUCAUCGACUCAGCCGAAGUGGUGGUCAUCGGAUUCCUGGAGAGUGAGGAGAGUAAGGGAUACAAGGAACUCGUGGCAGCUUCAAAGCGGGUCGAUUCUGUCCCUGCAGCCAUUUGCUCUGUGAAGGAGGUGUGGGCCAACUACAGUGUCCCUUCAGACUCCAUCAGCUUGUUCAGAAAAGCUGAUAACAGUCAGGAGAAUCUUGUUAUUUCUGAGAUGAAGAAGUUAGACGCUGAUGGACUUGUGAAUUUCUUCACCACCAACGAAAUCCGAUACAUCACAGAGUACAACCAAGUGACUGCAGUGGGUCUGUUCAAUUCAGAGGUGAAGACACACCUUGUGCUCUUUGCCAACAGGGGGACUAAAGAAUAUUCUGAGCUCAAGGAGCGACUGGGAGCUCUGGCUCCCGAGUUCACAGGAAAGAUUUUAUUCGUUCUGAUCAACGGAGCUGUAAAAUCCAACCUGAAGUCCAUCAACUACUUUGGCCUCAAGUCAAAGGAUCUCCCUCGAGUCGGGAUCUACGAUGGAAAUUCAGACAUGAAGUGGCUCUUACCUGAGGGAGAAAUUUCCACAGAGCGUGUGCGUGACUUCUGUCAGUCCUUCCUACGAGGGGAUUUAAAGGAUGUGAGGCAGGCCGGAGAAGAGCUCAAAAUAGAGCUGUAGCUCUCAUGAAACACGUGAAAAAGAAUGACACUGUUCAAUAAAAACAAAUUUAAAAAAAA